GCCAUGUAACUAUCUACAUGGAGAAUAAGGGUAGUUUAAUGUGUGCAGAUGGGCAAAGAAGAUUUAAUGUAGACUGUGCAAUCAUCAACAGGCCAGAACUGGAAAAGGUGAUCCUUGAGUUCUCAGGUAAAUCAAUUAGAUGGUACCCAUUGUUGUAUAUAGGAACCAUUUACAUUCUGACUACAUAUGGGGAACCAGUUCUUUCUGUCUCAUUGUCACAUGAUAAACUGAAAAAAAUGUUGCUGAAAAACAAGUCAAGAAGAUGCCUUACUGUCAAUGAGAAUGUAUGUAUACGGAGACAGUGGAAUAUUUCACCUCAUUCUGACACAUUGUCAUCACCCUGUCUUGUUUCUUUACAAGAUAUUCUAAAACCAGAGUUCACAGAAAAGUUUGUUAGUUUUGAAGGUCAGAUUAUCAGCAGAACUUUUGUUAAACCAGGAAUUGCUCAAAAAUCUAUGUCGAAAGAUUUAAACAGUGGCUAUAUAUAUUCAAGACUACAUGUCCAGGAUGUCAGUGGGACUGAAGAUAUCUGGGUGUAUUUAAAUGACAGAAACAUUGUAUGUGAGAAGGGUUUAACUCCAGGCAACAUGGUCAGAUUUUAUGGUUUGGAGAGGAAGUUAUCUCAGUUAAAUAACAUUUACACUAGACUGGUUCCCUUGUCAUGUGUACAGAUACUGUUUUCACAGUCUGAAAGGGUUGAAGCUAGAAAUGAAUUAGAUGUUGGACUAACUGAUACAAAGAAACAGUUUCCAGUACUGUCUUUAGUUGAUUUGUGGACGACUUCGACUCCUGGCCAAGUUUUCCAGUGUGUCUGUGAUAUUGAGAAGAUUCUGAAAGUGUCUUUAAAGUGUGUAUGUGAGAUAUGUGGUAGUCUUGUGGUUCACUCACAAUGUACAAACACUGCAUGUAGUAGGGGAGAAUCUUACAGAUUCCUGGCAAGAGCAAGUGCAAUAGUAGAUGACAGUACAUCUGUUGCUAUGGUAACAUUAACAGGAAGUAGUGUACAGAGCAUGCUCCAGUUAUCAGAUGAUCAAUGGAAAUGUCUGGAAGAAGAAGUCAGUAAAACUGGGGAAGUGUUUGUACAACAGUUUAAUCCCAGCUUGACCACAUGUUUAGAGAGGUUUGUGUAUAGGCUAUGUGAUAACCAUUCUGUGAAACAAACAUGGCUUCUGACAAUGAGGUCAAGGUCAUCUCUGGAUAUUAACAAAAUAGGUCAUGAUGAGUUUUGUAUGAAGACUUUUGAUACUGGAUCAUCAAAGAUAUCAACACAGUGUUUACCAUUUCUUCACCUAGAAUGUAUCACCAUGUCUACAUUUGAACCCUCAACAUGGGCCAUACAUCACCUCAAUAUGAAAUCAUAAUAUGCCCAAGACAUUCCACUCAAAUAUCAUGUCUAUAUAAAGAAAUAGUGAAAUUCAUUUGUAACUGAACAAACUGUAAAAAAGACCAUAUACAUGUACAUGUUAGGUUUUUCAUUUUCUUAUAUUAUUUUUUUAAAAAGCAUGUCCUAUUGCAGUACAUUUGCUGAUGAUAAAAUUGUUUAUACUGCAUGCAUAUAACCAUCUCCAAGUACAUGUAUUUUAUACAAAUUUUUACAUUGAUUAUGGUUGUAUAAACUAAUUAUGAUCAUUUGAUGUAUUGAUACCCGAUUCAUGUAUAUCUGUUGUUGUUAUAGAGUUAAGAAGUAUGACAUCAUCCUAGAUUUUGCUGUUAGUUGCCGAUGAUGAUGAAUAUAAGGUUUCUAUAAUGAUUUGGUGACGUAAUUUUCUUUGUGUACUGUUUGAAGUUUUAAAAAAAAACAUUCAAUUGAUAUUUUCCUAUGAAACCAUUGCUUAGACUCAAUACUGUGACCUUCUCACAAAUUACUAGAUAAGAGUUCACAAUUAUGUCAUGGAUUUUGACAUCCAUAUUCCAUUCUAAGCUCAUCUGAGUAUGUCAUGCUCAUGGUGAGUUUUUGUGAUUACCCACAUGGCCUUGGACACUAUAAGCUUAUCUAACCAAUUACUAGGUAUUGCUUUGGCCUAAAGUCCUAACAUUUGUUGCUGAGGUUUGCUAUGACAAGUAGAUGAUCCUGUAAAGAUCCUGUAACAUAAUUUGUUCAUGGUUUUAUUUCAUAAAUAUGAUGCUCAAAUUAAGAUUUGUCAAUAUUGUAAGUUCCAAUAAGCAUUAUUUUUAAAGAUAUUACCCAAUUUAACAUUUCAUGUAGUAAAGGGAGGUAAUUAGAAAUUUAUUUUCUAUAAAUUAUAAGUUAAAUUUUCCAAUAAGAAAUGAAUGCCUGUAAUUUAUUGAUUUUGCAUAAUUAUAUACAUAAAUAAUUUUUUGCAAGUGUGGUAUACACACAGUAACAAUAUCAAUCACAAAACAUACAGGAUCUUUAAAUAGUCAAGGUCACUGAGGCCUUGACCACUGAAAGCUUGUUUGACCAAUAACUCAAGACAACUUUUAUAUAAAGUCCUAAGAUAAUGUGUACAUGUUUGUUGUGAUUUGCAGAUGACCCCUAUUAUUUUGGGGGUCACUCAGUCAUGGGGUUUGCAGACUAGUUUUUAAUACUGUUAAUUGAGAUCUCCUGUUUCAAGUGAUCAGGAACCCUUAUUAUUUACCUAACUUGAGCUCAACAUGCUUAUGGCAAGAUUUGUGAUUCGCUUCGUUCGUUUUGCUUUCUUUGAAAUGGGUCAUUUGCUUUUAACAAUUUUUGUAAACUAAAUUUCCUCUGAAACCAAAAAUUGCAUUUCAACAAAAAUUCACAGGAAUGAUCCUUAGUGGCCCCCCUACUGAAGUUCUGGUUUAUUCCAAAAGUAUGUCAUAUGGCCAAAAAAGGGUUUAAAAAAUGCUCAUUUCGUAGAUCUUAGAAAUUCCCGAGGCCCAAAGCUUUAAUAUUUGAUACAUGUAGUUUGGUGGAUUUGUACAUUUAACAUUAGCUUGUUCAUGUGGCAUUUUACAACAAUUCCAUUCUGCUCUCAAAUGAAUGCCUUUUGGCCAAUGGCUCCCUUGUUUAUUGUUAAAUCCAGUAAUGCUAACAUUUUUAUGGAGGGUGACUGUCUAGCCAAUUCUUUUCCUCAAUGAAGCUCCAGUAAUAUGUCCAGCACCUGUUGCAGUUUGCAGCAAAAGAAUGUCUGUUUUCACAUUAAACCUAUGCCUAAAAGUAAAACAGUUACAUAAAUUAUGAUUGGAAACAACAGAAUAUCCCCACUGUUUAGGAAUUACAUGUAAAUGCAUCAUUCAUUUGUAAUUGACAUGAUUUCAAAAGUAAUAAAACUUUAUACUUUUUACCAUAUAUUCUUGACAACUAAUACAAAAUAUAAUAAAAGUUCACCAUCUUGUUAGAAAAAUGUAAAAGAAUAUUUUAAAUAAUGAUGUUAUACGACUUAAAAACUUCACACAUGUCUUUGAAGGUUUUGUUGAAGCCAGAAGGUCACAAAGAACCAAAACUCUAGUAGAGAUUAUUCUUGUUCUUGGAAAAUUACUGAAUGACUUUUGUUAUACAAACAAUCACUCAAAAUAGUCAGAUGUGUUGUUGUGUGACACUCACAAGAAUCAUAUCUAAGUUAUGAUGAACUUGAAUGUAAAUGAAUCACAUCAGAAUAUUGAUUUUUUUUCCAUUCUUUACACAUAAUUAUCAUACCAGGAAGAAAUAUUACAUUGAUUAAAGGGAGGUAACUUCUGAGAUAUUAUGUCAAUAUUUGUUUAUUGUGGCCUCCCUUUAAACAGUAAUUGUUUGACAAGUGAUUAUUUGUGGAUUAUAUUUAUGCUAACAAAACAUAUUCUGGGAUCAUUUUGUUUUUUAGGGUAUUGGGUGUAAAAAGAAGCCAACCUGUUCCACCCCUCUAAAAAUCUACCUAGUAUAAAAAAUGCAUGUAAUUAAUGUCAUGACAUUUGAUGGAAGGGUGUCUGGGAUUCUGGACUCCUAACCAUGUGGCAAUUGUCCCUGCAACCUUGUCUGAGAUAAUGACUAAAAUCUUGUUACAGUCCAUACAUGUAAUAUUAUUUCAGGAUUUUCUAAAGUUUACAGGCAAUGUAAGAGUCUAAACAAACAUAAAACUCAGAACAGUUAGAUUAUUGAUUGUUUUGUCUGUACCUAAUUGACAUCAACAAGUAAAUAGAGCUUACAAUCAUUAUAUUGUUCUUAUUAAAUUGAUUACAUAUUAUUUUCUAGAUAUGUGGUAAUGAAGUAAAGCAAUAUUGAGUGGAUACAUUCAGAUAUAAAGUAUUCAUUAUUUUAUUUUUGUUUGAAUAAAUUGAAACCAGGUUUUUUUUUUGGUAAACAGAAUUUAUUUUAUAUGGGUGAAAUGAUUUUUUAUAGGGUGCAACACAACACAGUCACAAGUUAAUAGACUUGCAGAUGAGUAUUAUAAUGUUAUUAAUUAUGUAAUCUGCUUAUUUCAUUGUUGAGAUUAAUGAUAUUAGACACUUGAAUAAAUAAAUUAUCCAGAUCAGGUGACAGUCAAAUCUGUAUUCCAACUAUUAUAGUACAACAUUGCUAGGUAGUUUGCUGAUUAUAUAUUGCUAAGUGGUUUUUAAACUAGAUUUUUAACCAUGAGAAUAGUAUCUGUAUUAACUGUAUUUUGCUUGUUGAAGAACUAAUAAAUAUUUGUAAAAUUGAAUAUUGCUGCUAUGUAAUUUCCUCCAAUUGUAUGACGUAACAAACAGCUUGAGCAGUUACUCAAAUACAUUAUGGUACCAUCAUUUACAAGAGUGUUUUCUGGGAAGGGCCUAAUCUAAUGUUGCUAGAACUUGUUGCCCAACCAAUAAGCUUUUUGUUAUAUACCCAUCAUUUGUAUAAUAUUUAACAUGUAUGUCAUGCAAUACAAUAUGUUUAAACUAGGAGUGUUUAUACAAGUGAUAUUUUUUAACACUGUCAUUAUGCAUGUUAUUGUAUUAUAAUUCAUUGUGAAUCAGGACGUUUGGUUUUUAUAACCAAUAUUUAUAAAUUUUUAUCAAUUUAACUACAAUUAGGCGUCCGUGGCCGAGUGGUUAAGGUCGUUGACUUCAAACCACUUGCCCCUCACCGCUGUGGGUUCGAAUCCCGACAGGGACUUUGGAUUCUUUCAUGUGAGAAAGCUAUCCAGCUAGCUUACGGAACGUCGGUGGUUCUACUCAGGUGCCCGUUCGUGCCUGAAAUAAUGCACGGAAGGGCACCUGAGGUCUUCCUCCACCAGUAAAGCUGGAACAUUGCGAUAUGACCUAUACUGUGACGAUGUGACGUAAAACCCAAAAACAAACAAAA